AAAAUCAAAAUCCCAUGCUACAAAAAACUCUCUGUUGUAUCUCUCUGUCCCUUUCUCACAUUCAAAGGAGGAGCCUUUCAUUUUUGUUUGUCUCAAACCCCCCCCCCCAAGUUUAAGCUUAAUAAUCGCAUAUCAAAGCUUUAGUCUUUUCUUUAUAUUCAAGCUCAACCCAGAAAAUUUUUUAGUGACAUUCAAGUUGAUCUUCUUCAUUGGUUUCAAUACGGAUUUGAUCGGUUGAAUCGAGUUUGUAUUUCUCAGUAUAAGUUGAUCUGUUUGGUUUCAUACAAUGGGGGUCGAAAAAGAAGGUUCAACGAAUGGAGGAGGUUAUGUAGGUGGAUUCUUUCAGCUAUUCGACUGGACUGCGAAAUCUCGGAAGAAGCUAUUCUCAAGCAAGUCGGAUUUUCCAGAGCGUUCCAAACAGGGAAAGAGAAGUGAUGGGAACAUACCGAUGACACGAAUCCAUUUGAUGGACGAGGAUGAAAUCGGAGCUGGGGCAAGCUUCAAAGGAAGUAGUGAUUAUAGUUGUGCAUCUUCAGUUACGGAUGAUGAUAUGUAUGGAGCUAAGGCCCCAAAUGUAGUUGCUCGGCUUAUGGGACUAGAUUCGUUACCUACAUCUUCCGAGCCAUACUCCACCCCAUUUUUCGACACUCAAUCUCUUCGAGAUGCUCAUCUUCGAAGGAGAAACCUUAAUUAUCAUCAUAAUGAGCAAAUAGUUUAUCCAGAUGAUCGGUUCAAUAAGAUGGAGGGCGGCCCUGCAAGGAUCAUUGCAGAACUGAAACCUCAGAAGAUAGUCAGCAAACCUAUAGAGAAAUUCCGAACCGAAAGUUUGCCUCCAAAGGCUGCUAAAACAAUUCCAAUUACACACCAUAAACUUUUGUCUCCGAUCAAGAGUCCGGGUUUUUUUCCUACCAUGGAUGCUGCUCAUAUAAUGGAAGCAGCUGCGAGAAUUAUCGAGCCUGGUCCCCAAGUCAUUACUAGAUCCAAAAUGCCGCAGGUCGGAUCGUCCUCAGUGCCCGUGAAAGUUCGUGAUUUCAAAGAGAAAAUGGAGGCUGCACAAAGAAAGCCUCCGGCUCGUUCUUCUUCUGUGCCUGUGAAAGUUAGAGACUUAAAAGAGAAAUCUGAAACCGCACAUAAAACAUCCCGACUCACUGAAAUAACUCGGAAGCCAGUCGAGUCGAAUGCUGUCAAGUAUCUUAAAGGACAAUCCAUGAACAAGAGCUGGAACGGAUCAAUAGACACACCAACAUUGCGGACUUCUGAUACAGAGGAAAUUUCUUCGGUUCUAAAGAGUGAGGGGAAAUCUAUUUCGCUUGCAAUACAAGCAAAGUUCAAUGUGCAGAAACGAGAAGGACUGAAUUCAAGCAACCGCCGGAGUUUGUUAGGAACGAAAGAUGAGAGUGAGGUUAAGUCAAACCAACACUUAAAGAGCCAACUGAGUUCUCGGAAGAGUUUGCAUAAGAAAUCUUCGUUGCACAAUGUGCCAGGUGCACUCAGGCCGAACAAUCAGAAGCAAAACUGUAUAACUGAUAAAGGAAAAUUACCUUCAAAGCCAAUAGGUUCCAACUUGCAUAGUCGAAAAGUGCUGCCUACGGAUUCUGCUUCGGGGCGACACAAAAUGUCAGGUAAAACUGUUGGGAAUUCCAAAACUGGAUCAAGGAAGUUCAAUAUAGGUGCAACGGAUAGUGAGCAAGGUCCAUAUUCUAGUACAAAGAACCUAAGGAAGAAAAGAUCGAUGGAUAGAGAUUCCAGUUUUCAGAAAAAUCAGGUUGUUGAUCGCAUGUUGGUGGAAAAACCCCAGAAGGAAGACCAUGAUGUUACUGAAAGAAGCCUCAACUGGGUCGAAGAUAGUAAGAAGAAAGGCAUGGAUGUUGUCUCGUUCACAUUCACCGCCCCACUUACUCGAUCAAUGGAGACAUCUAUGCAGAUUGCAGAGGAAAAUAACAGCAGUCGCAUGGCUAAUCGGGGCAAGCGAUUGUUGCUUGAUACUGAGAGUAUGAAGUUGUCUUCAUUAGGAUAUAAUGUGAUAGGAGGAGAUGCUUUAAGUGUGCUUUUGGAACAAAAGCUUCGCGAAUUAAGCAAUGCAGUCGAAUCUUCCUGCAAGAAAUCUCUCAACUCCGUAUCAACUUCGAUUUCAACAUCAUUUUCGCAACAUCCAGGGCACACUCCGAAACACAAGUUUCAGAACAUUCAGGGAUUUGAUGAAAUGGAAGAAUGCAGUAGUAGUCAUCUCGAUGCUCGGCAACCCAGUCCGGUUUCUAUCCUCGAAACUUCUUUUUCAACUGAAAGCUGUAACUCUUCGGAUAGCAUGGACAGUUACAGUAUAGACGGAAGCAAGCGGUGUUCAUCGGUUCAAACUCUGGAAGUUCUUCGGCUGAGUCCUUUAAAGAAGUUACGCACACUUGAAGCUGACACGGAGUUAUCGGAUUCAGCUUCUUCAAUAUCAUAUGCAGCUAGAAGUAAUCAUAAUAUCGUUGUUAUGUCGGAUCCUAUGCUAUCGAGCAACUGGGAACUAGAAUAUGUGAAGCUUAUAGUUAGUAAUGUGGAAUUAAUGUUCAAGGACUUUGCCGUAGGUCGAGCUCGUAAAAUUAUAAACCCUCAUCUUUUCGAUCAGUUGGAAAGCCGAAGAGGAGUUGAAGAGGAGUCUAGGCUUGAACGUAAGGUAUUAUUCGAUUCAGUCAGUGAAUGUCUAGACUCGAGAUGCAGGCAGUAUGCAAGUGGGGGAUGUCGAAUAUGGUCCAAAGGGAUGGCGAUAAUGAGAAGAAACGAACGGUUAGCCGAAGAAGUUUACAAGGAGAUCUCAAGGUGGAGAGCCAUGGGGGACUGUAUGGUCGAUGAGCUCGUCGAUGACGACAUGAGCAGUCGAUACGGAAAAUGGCUGGACUUUGAAGUUGAUGGCUUUGAACUUGGAGUAGACAUUGAAGGACAAAUCAUGAAUGAUUUGGUUGAUGAAAUGGUUGCUGAAAUGUUAUUAUUGUAAUCGCCCUUUCAGCUUUGUCACUCGAGAUGUGCGGUCGAUGAUCUCGAGCGGUAUGCAUCGUGUUCGAUAUUUGCUAGGUCUAGGCUUGGCUUUAAACACUGAUGGUGCAAAUGUAUUGUGGGGAGGAUGAGGAAUAUUUGAAAGGCUUUGGCUGCUGAAUUCAUCAAUGAAUACUCGAAUGAUGAGCUUA